AUGGCUACGCCCAAAUUUUUUAUCCUAUUAUUUUUUGUGGUACAUGGUGUCCAUUCUUUGUGUCAAUACGAAAAGGAUGAGACUACCAAAGUGUUAUCCAAAACCCAAAUGUCGUGUAAAAUCAGGACGUUGGAACGUAGUUCCGAAAACUUUUCAAAUUUAGGUGUCACCAGCCAAAAAUUAGAAGUUUUGACCAAAUUCAACAUAUCUUGUAACGAGAUGUUGCUCUUCGAGAGCAACAUCGGGGACGGUUUGUUCCUGAUAUUCCAGGCUUUAAACGAGUUGAAUAUAGAAAAUUGUAAGUUUUUAUUCUUACCUAAAUUUGCAUUUAACGGUUUGAGCCAACUUAAAAAACUAUCAGUGAAAUCUAAUAACCAACUCUGGGGCGCUAAUAAAAACUUGAACAUAUCCCAAGAGUCGUUCCAGGGUUUGAACGAACUCCAAAGCCUAAACCUGGCAGGUAAUAAUAUAAAUUUGUUGCAACAGAAUACUUUGUGUCCUUUAAAAUCUUUGCAGACUUUAAAUUUGACUGAUAAUCGUAUCAAAUCUGCAAACGAGUUAGGGUUUUCUGCAGGUGCAGAACGUUGUUCUGGAGGCGAAGAAUUGGUGACUUUGGAUCUGAGUUACAACAGGUUGGCAAAUAUUGGUGAUUUUUGUCAAAUUUCGAAAUUAAGGCGUUUGCAACAACUGCACUUGCAGCAUAAUAAUAUUACAGACGUGUCCAGUGAAAGUUUGAUAGGUUUGACUAGUCUAAGGAUCCUAAAUUUGUCGUUCAACAAACUUGAAAGUUUACCAAAUUUGUUGUUAUUCAAUUCAAGAGAAAUCAGGGAGAUUCAUUUGCAAAACAAUUUGUUAUUCGAGUUACCCAAAGGUUUGUUUUAUCGUUUGGAACAACUUUUGGUGCUUGAUUUGAGUUCUAAUCAACUGUCCAGCCAUCAUAUUGAUGAAAAUAUUUUUACAGGUUUGAUCAGACUUAUUGUUUUGAAUUUAUCCAACAACGCGUUGACACGUAUAGACUCCAAAACCUUCAAAGAUUUGUUCUUUCUACAAAUUUUGGAUUUAAAAAACAACUCCAUCGGAUACGUUGACGAAAACGCUUUCCUACCUUUGUACAACUUGCAUACCUUAAACUUGGCUGAAAACAGGUUGCACCAAAUCGAUAACAACUUGUUCAACGGUUUAUUUGUUUUAAGCAAACUGACUUUAAAUAACAACUUGAUCAACUCCAUAGACAUCAACGCUUUUAAAAAUUGCUCGGAUUUAAAACAACUCGAUUUGAGUUCUAACCAAAUCACCAGGAUUCCUAAAGCAAUCCAGGAUUUGCAGAUGCUUAAAAGUUUAGACUUGGGCGAAAACUUGAUUGAAAAUGUUGAGAACGACAGUUUCAAAAAUUUAAACCAACUUACAGGUUUGAGGUUAAUAGACAAUCGUAUAGGCAACUUGUCCAAACCAAUGUUCCAAAAUUUACCAAACUUGCAGGUUUUGAAUUUGGCUAAAAACAAAAUCCAGCAAAUUGAUAGGGAUACUUUUGAUGGUAACCAGAAUUUAGAAGCUAUACGCCUGGAUAAAAAUUUUCUAAUGGACGUUGAUGGUAUUUUUUCAAGUCUGUUGAACCUACUGUGGUUGAAUUUGUCGGAGAACAAUUUGAUUUGGUUUGAUUACGCUUUUGUACCAUUUAACCUAAAGUGGUUGGAUAUCCACAACAACUAUAUAGAAGUUCUGGGUAACUACUACAAAAUCCAGGACAAGUUGAAACUAAAAACUUUAGAUGCUAGUCAUAACAUAUUGACGGAAAUUUCUAACCUGAACAUACCUGAUAGCGUAGAAUUAUUGUUUAUAAAUAAUAAUUUUAUUAGGAAAAUCCACGCUAACAGUUUUUACGAUAAAAAGUACCUAACCAGGAUUGAUUUGUACGCGAAUGAAAUCAAACAAAUGGAUUUGAAUAGUUUGAAGUUGCCUAAGGUUUUGGAAAACUCUGGUGGCAAAACCAACACAGAAAUUUACCUAAGUGGUAACCCUUUCCGUUGUGAUUGCAGCAUGGACUUUUUGCUGAAUAUAAAUAAUAUUUCCAACAACGAUUUGAUAACGCACAGGUAUCCCAAAAUCAUGGACUCGGAGAACAUUGUGUGCAACGUUGAAAACAAUGUAAGAACCAGCAAAACUUUACAACUAAAAACAAUGAAAUCCUCAAACUUCUUGUGCGAGUACAAGUCCCACUGUUUCGUCUUGUGCCAUUGUUGUGACUUUUUUGCUUGCGAUUGUGAAAUGAUAUGCCCAUCAAACUGCAAAUGUCUAAACAAUCUCAACUGGUCCACCAAUAUUGUAGAUUGUGGAAGUUCUGCCAAUAAUGGCACCAGUAGUACAGAGAUACCAAAAAAUAUACCCAUUUACGCAACUGAAAUUUAUUUGGAUGGUAAUAUUUUCCAGAAACUUGACAACCAUGUUUUUAUUGGACGCAAAAACUUGCAAAAGUUGUAUUUGAACUCGAGCAACGUCGAGGUGAUUAGUAAUGAAACUUUUGCUGGUUUACUCAACUUGCAAACUUUGGACUUGUCUAAUAAUAAACUACAAGUGUUUAAGGGUUUUGAAUUUGUUAACUUGGACGCGUUAAAAGAACUAUAUUUACAAAAUAAUCAGUUAACCCAUAUUGAUAACACGACUUUCAAGGGCUUGACCAGUCUGGAGGUUUUAAGACUGGAUGGCAACAAAUUAGUCAACUUCGUUGACUUGAACAUGAAAACCAUGCAAAAAAUUUGGCUAGGUUUAAACCAGUAUGCAUGCCGUUGCGAAAACUUGCAAAAAAUCGCUAGUUUUGUCCAAAACAACCUGCUAAAAAUCCAAGACUUAUCCAAUUUACACUGCGUUUCAGAUGGCGUCAUCCAACGUUUGAACAUCGAAUCCGACAAAAACAAACGUCUGGUAGUAUUAAAGGACCAGAAACUACACAUGCAUGACCUGGAUGAAGACUUCAAACCCUUUUUGAAGACUGCUAAAGAUGUGAAAUCCACUGAUGAUAAAAACUUUACAGAACGCUUGUUGUACAAUUUACCGAAAGUUGGUAAGAAUUUGCAGCAGCUGCAAAAUCUGACAGCAACUACUCAUACUUUAGAGAAUAACACGACAACAGGUGCCAUUAGGCAACAGAAUUGUGUCAACGUAAACGCCAAGGCUGAUAUGUACGAUUUUGAAAACUACGAGGAAAACAAUUACUCGUCUGCGACGACUUGUACGCCUUCUCCAAAAUUUGCCAAAAAGAACAUGAGGAAGUUCCAGGAAAAGGAAAAACCUUACACGCAACGUCCAAAUUCCUCAAAUGCCACUGAACACAUCUACUCCAGCAUAGACUCGGAUUAUUCCACCUUAGAACGAAGAAAUCUACGCCAAAAUAACUUCGAUCCAAAUUUCGGUCAGCAUCCUCCUAAUUUUGGUCAACUGCCUCCGAAUUUUGGACAAGUUCCUCCGCCUAAUUUUGGGCAAAUCGACCCUAGUUUGGUGGGUCAAUUUACGCCCAAUAGGGCGAAUAGUCCUAAUAAUUUCUUGGAUAGGCAGUCGCCCAAUUUUAUGAAUCAGAAUUUUAAUCAUAGUUUAAGACAGGCCAGUCAGAGGGGCAGGGGCGGUGAUAAUUCUAGGCAUGUCCAGGCUUAUCUGGUCUGA